GGUGGCAAGAAACUGCUCAACAAGUGUGCCUCCUCGGCCGCAGAGGAGAGUGGGGCCAGCAAAAAGGACAAGGUGACCAUCGCUGAUGACUAUUCUGAUCCCUUCGAUGCCAAAAAUGAUCUCAAGAACAAAGCAGGAAAGGGAGAGAGUGCUGGCUACAUGGAGCCCUACGAGGCCCAGAGGAUCAUGACAGAAUUUCAGAGGCAAGAAAGCGUAGGGUCCCAGCACAAAGGCAUCCCGUUAUACGACACCCCUUAUGAACCCGAUGGCCAAAGCGUGGACUCAGACUCAGAGAGCACGGUCAGCCCCCGACUACGGGAGAGCAAGCUGCCCCAGGAUGACGACAGGCCCGCCGACGAGUAGGACCAGCCCUGGGAGUGGAACCGGGUCACCAUCCCAGCUCUGGCAGCUCAGUUUAACGGCAACGAGAAACGGCAAUCAUCCCCUUCACCUUCCCGGGACCAGCGGUGCCAGCUUCGAGCUCCUGGAGGGGGCUUCAAGCCCAUCAAGCAUGGGAGCCCUGAGUUUUGUGGAAUCUUGGGCGAAAGAGUGGAUCCUACUGUCCCCUUGGAAAAGCAAAUCUGGUAUCACGGAGCCAUUAGCAGAGGAGAUGCCGAGAACCUUCUGCGGCUCUGCAAAGAGUGCAGCUACCUUGUCCGGAACAGCCAGACCAGCAAGCACGACUAUUCCCUCUCCCUGAAGAGCAACCAGGGCUUUAUGCACAUGAAACUGGCCAAAACCAAAGAGAAGUACGUUCUGGGUCAGAACAGCCCCCCGUUCGACAGUGUCCCAGAAGUCAUCCACUACUACACCACCAGAAAGUUGCCCAUCAAAGGGGCUGAGCACUUGUCUCUCCUCUACCCAGUGGCUGUGCGGACCCUCUGAGCAGGCAAGCCCCACCCUGCUCUGUGACAGGGCUCAGACUUGGAGGAGCCAGAGGCCCCUCGCCCACCAGCCCGGCCACUGUUGCAGGCCGGGUCCAGUUUGUGUCGUGUGUAUGGUACUAGCACACCACUGCAUGUCUCUAGGAUGCUGUCGCCACUUAACGGGAGCUGGAGAAAGCCUUGGUAAAGACUGAAGGACAGCCAACACGCCACCCCAGCCCCCAGCCCCACCCCCUACUUGAGUUUCU